UGUUUUGUAAGUUCCACUUUGCAACAGCUCUACUCCCUCAGACAAGCAGCUUUGUACUCAUUUAGUUUCGCUCUAUUGUCUACAUCUCAUAACUCCAUUAGAAUCUGCCAAAUAAUUUGUAUCACCUUACAACAAUGGGAUUUAUGAAUACCUGAUUGGUGUCAAAUAAAGAAUCCAGUCUGGGAGCAAGUUGGUGUCAGCACAAAUAAUUUGGACACACAUUAGCAUGCCAAAAUUAACUUGGUUUGGGCUGGUCAAUGAUCAUGAAUAAUGUUUAAGUAUUAAACGUCAACAUUAAUUCUGUAUCAGACAGAAUGAAGCGGUGCUUAUAUUUUUAAAGAGAUAUAAUAUAUAGUACUAAGAAACCAUUUCUUGAGCACAAAAGUUCAAAUCAUAUGAUUUGCGUCUAGGUCACAUUUUGUUGCCUCUCUGCGUUGCCAUUGGCACAUAUGUGCAGGCCAUAGCAACUUUGAAGUAGCAACAGCACAUAGUCCAACAAUUGACUAGAUGCUGCCACGUAGCAAGAAGAAUUCUUGGAAUAUGCCAUUAGCGUAUUCGCAGUCCCUUCUGUUUCAUUCUGUCAGGCCAGCAAAAUGACACAUUGCACACGUAUGCAUUUCUCUUCUAUUUUUAUUGUGAUGUUUUGGGGGGUAUGUAUGUAUGCUGUGAAGUUGGUGGGGAACUACACAAGAGCCAAUCACCUCUAGCUCAAUCCAUGUUGUAUUAGGCUCCAAGAUCAGGACAAUUUAGCGUGCAUCGGCCAUGAAGGUGGGGUCCACACAUUCUCUUUUCUCCACUACUAGUACUAAUCUCUUGCCCCUCCGCCAUGUGGUUUCUAUAUAAGACACAGUCUGAGGCCACACAUCAAGGCAAUUCUUAUCGUAGAUAGCAACUAAAAUGGAGACCAUGUCAUAUCCUUGUUCCCCUCUUCUCUCCCUCCCCACACAUGAAGAGAGUAACUUUUUCAUGUGGUCUCCUCAAGUAGCUCUCCACGAGAAUGCCACCAUCCAUGUUGAUCAUCCCACUGAUCAGCAACCUGAUAAUGUGUUCUUGGACACUGCAGUUCAAGAUUAUGCUAAUGAUUGGCAUCAACAAGAUGCUUCUGAUGUUGGUGUGUUCACCUAUUGUGAUGAGAGGAUUCAGGGCCAAGAGAGUGGCAACUUGGUCGCGAUCCAGGAAGAGCUCAUGGAGGAGAACAGUUUAACUGAUCUCCUCCUCACUGGUGCAGAGGCGGUUGAGGCGGGGGAUCCAAGAUUUGCCUUGGCAGUGUUCUCGAGGCUUGAUGGCCUCCUCCUUGGCAGCCCUGAAAAUGCAGCAGCCGGCUCUUUUGAUCGCCUGGCCUACCACUUUGCCCAAGGUCUGCGGUCCCGGAUCUCCAGUGCAAGCACCAGUUGCUCUCUGCCGGAGCCACUGCCGUCUGAUAGAAUGUCGGUGCAACAUAUUAUACAAGAGCUGUCGCCGUUUGCCAAGUUUGCGCACUUCACUGCCAACCAGGCCAUUCUAGACGCCACCAAGGGCGAUACACAUGUGCACAUCGUCGACCUGAACAUUGGUGAGGGCAUCCAGUGGCCAUCGCUCAUGUCAGAUCUUGCCCGUCAUGGUGGCAUGUCAUUCCACCUCACGGCGGUCACAGCAGACGCCGACUACAGCGACGGCGUUCACCAUGCAUCUGCGCGGCGGCUCUCGGAGUUCGCGGACUCCUUGAACCUUCCUUUCCAGUACAGCUCUCUCUGUUUACACAGUGAUGAAGACCUGCAUGAAUUCUCCAAGAACUGUAAAGGCUCGGUGAUCCUCUCAUGUGACACAACAGGCAUGCCUUACAAGUUGCUGAGCAAGUUACCGGCACUCCUACCUGCCUGUGUUAAACUGUUACAGCCAAAGUUAAUGGUCAUCGUAGAAGAGGAGCUGGUUAGAGUCGGAAAGGAGGCGUCUCUAUGUAAGGCCUCCUUUGUCGACUUCUUCUUCGAGGCAUUGCACCACUUUACCACGGUGUUCGAGUCACUGGCGAGCUGCUUCUUUGGUGGUAACCAGGGGGCGUGCCUGAGACUUGUGGAGAGGGAGAUGGUGGGGCCAAGGAUACAGGACUUUGUGGGGCAGUAUGGGUCUGUGACAGUUGAGGUCACUACUCCUGUGGUUUUGGAAAGGUAUGGGGCUUGUGACCUGAGUGGCUGCAAUGUUGCUCAAGCCAGGAUGCUGGUUGGGUUGUUCAAUAGGGGGUUUGAGGUUGUGCAUGAGAAGGGUAGGCUUGUGUUGUGCUGGAAGUCCAGGCCACUGACCUCUGUGUCUGUUUGGGCUCCAAUCUUAAAAGAAAGAAGCUCAUGACGUUCUUUA